GGCGGCGGGAUGGAGGCGGAGGAGGAGGGGGCGCUGCUGGCGGCGCGGCUGGCGGCGGGCGGGCAGGGCCAUGUGCUGCGCUUCUGGCCGCAGCUGGGCGCCGCCGAGCGCCGGGAGCUGGCGGCCGAGCUGCGGGGCAUGGACGUGGCCGAGAUCGACGGCUUCUUCCGCAGGGCGAGGGGCGGCGGCGGCGGCGCCGCGGGGGCGCCGGACGGGAGGAUGGAGCCGGUGCCGCGGGACGUGCUGGGCAGCGCCUCCCGGGACCGCGGGCUGCUGCCGGGCUGGGAGAGCCGCGGGCUGGCGGAGAUCGCGGGCGGCCGCGUGGGCGCGCUGCUGCUGGCCGGCGGGCAGGGCACCCGCCUGGGCGUCCCCUACCCCAAGGGCAUGUGCGACGUGGGGCUGCCCUCCCGCAAGAGCCUCUUCCACCUGCAGGCCCAGCGCCUGCGGCGGCUGCAGCAGCUGGCGGAGGAGCGGCACGGCGAGCCCUGCUGCGUCCCGUGGUACAUCAUGACGAGCGGCCGGACCAUGGAGUCCACCAAGGAGUUCUUCCAGAAGCACCGCUACUUCGGCCUGAAGAAGGAGAACGUCGUCUUCUUCCAGCAGGGCAUGCUGCCCGCCCUGGGCUUCGACGGCAAGAUCCUGCUGGAGGAGAAGGGCAAGAUCUCCAUGGCGCCAGAUGGCAACGGGGGCCUCUACCGGGCCCUGGGGGCACACGGCAUCGUGGAUGACAUGGAGCGGAGGGGCGUGCAGAGCGUCCACGUCUACUGCGUGGACAACAUCCUGGUGAAGGUGGCCGACCCCACGUUCAUCGGGUUCUGCUUGGAGAAGGGAGCCGACUGCGGUGCCAAGGUGGUGGAGAAGACCAACCCCACGGAGCCGGUCGGCGUGGUGUGCCGCGUGGAUGGCGUCUACCAGGUGGUGGAGUACAGCGAGAUCUCCCUGGCCACCGCGCAGAAGCGGGGCCCGGACGGACGGCUGCUCUUCAACGCCGGCAACAUCGCCAACCACUACUUCACCACCGCCUUCCUGAAAGACGUGGUCAACACUUACGAGCCACAGCUGCAGCACCACGUCGCCGAGAAGAAGAUCCCGCACGUGGACAUGGAGACGGGGCAGCUGGUCCAGCCCGAGAAGCCCAACGGCAUCAAGAUGGAAAAGUUUGUCUUCGACAUCUUCCAGUUCUCCAAGAAGUUUGUGGUGUACGAGGUGCUGCGCGAGGACGAGUUCUCUCCUCUGAAGAACGCGGACAGCCAGAAUGGCAAGGACAACCCCACCACAGCCCGGCACGCCCUGAUGUCCCUGCACCACCGCUGGGUCCUCAACGCAGGGGGGCACUUCGUGGAUGAAAACGGCACGCGCAUCCCCGCCAUCCCGCGCCUCACAAACGGAAGGUCAGACGCCCCCCCGGCCGAUGUCAAUGCCACCUUGAAGGACGCCAAUGACUUGCCCAUCCAGUGUGAGAUUUCUCCCCUCAUCUCCUACGGCGGAGAGGGUCUGGAGAAGUACGUGAAGGACCGGGAGUUCCGUGCACCUCUGAUUAUUGACGAGGACGGGGUCCACGAGCUGGUGAAGAACGGGAUGUAGCGGCAGCCCGAGGCAGGCUGCCCGCCCCGGCUGGCACCCCGUCACCUCGGACACAUGAAGGUUUCUUGCUGGAGCUGCCGGGUGCUGGUCCUGCUCCCUCUGAGCUCCCGCAGAGGAGGACGCAGCCCACUCGGUUCUUGGCACGUUGUAUGCUUCUAUUUAUAUUUUAAUUUAAAAACCAAACACUUUAUGGAUUUCCCCUGCCACGAAGCACAGCUGCGGUGCUGCUCUUUGCACUUCAGGCUGUGGGCAUUUAUUUUUAAACGUGUAUAUAGUAAUAGUCAUUGUACAUGCAGAGGAUUUUUAUGGUACGGGGCUGGGGGUAAUCUGGAAUUUUUAUUUUUCUCAAAUCUACAUGACUAUUUUUUUUAAUAGGGUUCUUGUCAUUGCCCGUGUCCUCCCUUUAGGUCGUCCUUUGUAUGUCGCACAACUGGAAUUGCCUGAUUAAACCCCUGAGUCCCUCCUA